AUGGGUAUAGCUACGAUGAAUCUAAUGUUAUAUUUCGUUUUGCAAACCGUAAAUAUUGUGGUUUGCACGAAAUCACUGCGCACAGGCAGAGAUGCGUUAGAAGAUGAGUACCCGUACGUUGUGACGGUCGAGUUAAAACUCACGAAUACUACGACGAACGCUCUGCUGUGCUCGGGGUGCGUGCUGACACCGACCUGGACCCUCACCACCGCGCGCUGCGUCUCCAAAACCGAAGACUUGCUAAUCCAGGAUCCGAAGAUGUCAUGGGUGGUGUACUAUGGACUCACGCAGAAACCUCCCCAGGACACCGCCAUCGCGAUCCUUUCCGGAAUAGUCCACCCCAGAUAUGCCGCGUCACCGAGAAUGCUUCACAACGACAUCGGCCUUCUGCGCACCGAUCCCGUCACCCUUAAACAGUUCGCGAAAUUGAGCGCCGUGGACAUGUUCUCUAUGAACGGUUACGAAGUUGAGCUAAUAGGCUUCAAGUCGACCAAUGAUACCAGUGGAAAAUUGAAGAGAACCCUACAGAUUUCGUCGGUUGUGGUGAAGACUUGUGAAGGCACCGUUACUUAUCCGGGGAUGUGUUUGGCUCGGUCCUGCUCGCUGACCGACGCCUGUCACCAGGAAACUGGAGGUAUAGCCGUCCACAGCACCGGGGUCAUAGCACUCCUGGCCAGUGGACGCAAGAGGGACUGCUUGGAGAACAAUGAGAGACAGCAGGCCUAUCAAAUUGAGACGAUGACUUCAAUUAUGCCUUAUAUAGAUUGGAUUCAUACUCAUAUCAAGAGCUAAUAGUAGCUAGUGUAAGACGGUG